AUGAGCAAGCCAAAGACAGCAGUUCCAAGUCUCUCUCCAAGUAAGGAGAUUAUGGAAUUGAAAUCACUAAAGCGCCAGCGAACUGUUGCGAAAAAUAGUAUAGUGCGCAUAAAAACGGGUCUCCUCGAUAAAACAAUGUCGUUAGAUCCAAUUGAAUUGGAGUGUCGACUGGACAUUUUGAACUCUCAUAGCGAUAAGCUUAUGAAGUGUCAGUCGAAAAUUGAAGAAAUCGACGAGGAAGACAUAGCCCGUGGGGAGUUAGAGGACCUAAUAGUGGAAACUAAGUCCGUUAUAAAAUCUAUUCUGGCGAGAAAUAAAUCGUCAAUAGCCGAAACAUCCUUUGUUGCACCUCACAGCUCGCGACUACCGAAAAUGUCGCUACCGAAAUUUAAAGGGGAAUAUUCAGAAUUUAAAAAUUUUAUGAGUCUGUUCGAGAGUUUGGUGCACAACGAUCCUACAAUCCCAGACAUUGAAAAAUUUAAUCACUUGGUUAACUGUCUGUCUGGUGAAGCUUUGGGAACGGUAAAGGCCUUCCAAAUGUCGGACGAAAAUUAA